AUGUCAGAGGCAGUGAAUACAUUAGAGUGUGCAUUAUGUGAUGAUGUGUUUACUGACGGUGCACAUUGCCACUCUUGCAACAAAAAACUCCACUUCCACUGCGCGCAACUAAAUGAACCUGGAUAUCGUAAAGUAGGUGCUAAAAAACAACAGCAGUGGCGUUGUCCAGCGUGCAGGCAGACAGGUCAGACUGUUCAAAUUCCAGCUCAUACUGCAAUACCGUCACCGAUCACAUCUCCGGUUAUCGGUCAAGGCAACGCUCAGCUCCUUGAGGAAAUCAACAAAUCUCUGUUUAUGAAACUGGCACCGUUAGCUAUACUUGCUGGUGAAAUUAGAGUGUUGCGAGGGGAAUUUUCCAGUAUGAAGUCGUCGCUGGGAGCCAUUGAUGAAAGAGUAAACAUUAUACAAGAUAAACUUGAUGUAGUGACGGGAGAUAUUGAGGAUGGUGAGCAGUGGAACCGUAUGAACAACUUGGAAGUGAAAUGCAUACCGCAAAGCAAGUCUGAAAACCUACUUGAACUAAUAAGUAGUCCUGGAAAAUUAAUUUAA